GCUGCUUUUAUUCUCCCUGCAUGCUGCUUUGGAUGGCUUCCUCCUGAGUCCCAGCAGCUUUCAGGACUUGAAGUUUUGGUGGCAAGAUGCUUGUUAAGCAUUCCAACCAGCUCAGCUGGCUGGUGUGCAGCAGUGUCGUCAUCCCAUGACAGACCUCAGAACGCUGUCACUGGCAAGUGCAUGUUUGGGCAGAUCUUGUCCUUUUUCCCUGCCUCGCUCUGAAAUGGGAGCACAAGUGUUUUACCCUAGCGUACUCUGCAGAAGCAUGUGCGCAUGUGUGUGCACAUACCAGUGUUUCUGUGUUCCCCAGCAGCUCCAUGGUUUUGUUUUGCUGUGGUGACCCCUCAGCUGGCAGUGAUUCCUUUCCCAGCAAUCUGCACAUUCUCCUUCCUCUGUGUAAGCUAUUAAAACCAGAUGCGCAGAAAGAACUCUGUUAUGAUGAACUUUUGUGGGCUGAUUUCAUUUCUUGGCUGGAAUAGUGGGCUGUCUCCCAUGAAAGCUGGGGGGAAAGUCCAAGAGGAUUUAAACUCUUAAGUCUGAGCUAAACUCCUGGGUCUGAAUCUAUGUCUGUUGAUAUCACAGUAAAUUAAGUGUAACGCAGCUAAACCAAACUGAACUAAAUCAAUGCAAAGCUGGAAUGAGAGAUAGGAGAGAUGAGAUCUGACCUUGCAUUUAUCUGCCUAUGUUUGUUCUUUGUAGGUUAUUCUGUGGGUCCUAAUACGUCAUUAAACCUGGAAAGAGUAAGUAGCUCUGCAUUGGUCCUGGAUCAGCUUAAUUUUAAAACACAGGAAUCUCAGAAAUAAGCUUGUGAUCUCGUGCAAAACCAUGAAAGAGGAAAAGGCACCCUGCCAUUUAAUGGGUGUAUUUAUAGGAAGGUCUUCUCACAGCCUGUAUCUGACUCAAAGUAGAAGCCAUCUGGGAAUGUUUCUAUGGGUAAGGACCACAUUGCAGGAAGUGUCACAUCAUCCUGCAGCCCCGUCAGACAAGGACUGCUUUAGGCUCUCUUUCGGCUCAUGGUAGGUUUGGAAGAAGAAAGCAACAGCCAGAGUUCAGCGUGUCAUGAUGUGACACCCCUUCUCAAUGUUUUUUGACCAAUGGUAAUUAAAGUUUUGAGAUUUCUUAUGGAAUCUGCCCCCACUAUCAAGCUAUUGAUUAGAAGAGCUCUUUACUAUUUUGGCAGUUAAUAAGGUUCUCUAGAUGACCCCUAGAUCCCAUUAAAUGCCUUUGUAAACCAUCAGUCCUCUACAGAGUACAGAUGAGAACCACUCUGCGGCAACACUGUGCUGGGGAAGGCUGUUGAGACUGUGGGUGCUGAAUGUCAUCCUGCACUGAUGCUGAGGUCUCAGUUGUGUUAGGAAUGGAAGAGAAAAAACUAAGACACUUGGUGUGGGUUGAUGUCCUCUGUUUCCCAGGGUCCUGUCUUGUGAGUGGUAAGUGAAGUGGUACUGGUGUGUGUACAUGGUCUCAGCGACAGGCAGUUAUAGGAGUGACCAGUCAGUGCUCCUAGAAGUAGCUUCACCAAGAUGUUCGCUCUUUUGGAGUGCUCAUUUCCUUUUGCAUAAGGCAAUAAGCACUAAGGGCAAAUGAAGUAACCAGUGGCCUAAGUGUCUGGAAACUAAGUCUGCUUUGUGCAGUUUCCUGUGCCUGUGAUGGGUAGCUGACACUGUACUUUGUACGGUAACGUUCUGGCUAGUUCAUUCUCUCAUACCAUUUGCACUACCUCGUAGCUGGGCUGUGUGAAGUUGUGCAAGGAGAACUGGCUUCCCACAGAGCAGUUGACCUCAGAUGUUUCGCUGCUUACUUGCUUGUCCUGGGGCUAACUGAAGGAGCCUUGUGACACCUCACAAUGAAACCAUGGGCUCUAGCACUGUCAGGAUCAAACCAGCUGCCUCCCUUCUGAUCUGAGUGGGCUAUUGUUGAAAGCCCUGAGAUGCUGCCUCUAUACGUGCAGGCAUGGGUUAAGCAUUAUGAAUUUGCAAUAGCCAGCCAGCUUUCCCAUAUAAGAGCACUGCACUCAUUGGCUCUCUCUUUUACUGAGAAAUCUAUCUAGUCAUUUCCUGUGCAAGCCCUUCGCUUGGCAGAAAGCUAUACAGUUGAGUAAAUAACAAUAAUCCGUGGUUAUUCCCUCUCACAGACAGCUUGGAUUCUCUCAUGGACCACCACCAUCUAGAAGUUCAACGCUGCACUGUUAACAGGCUGCUAUUAUGAGUGUGGUCAUCUCUGCAGAGGAGGAGGACUCUCACCCAUGGAUGUAAAUAACUUGGGGUCUGCUUUCACACUAAUUAACACUUGUUGGUAUUUGGCUUGGUUUAUACCGACAGAUUAUUUACCCUCUGAAGAAUCCAUUGGGACUCCUUGUCAGAUCAGUUCUUGGGUGGAGCUUGCAGCAACUUGGGUGCUGUGGAGAGAUGGAAACUGCAGCUGAGAAAUGAUUUUGGGGAAAGGAAGACAGAAAAGCAGAAGCAAACUAUUAUGGAAGUACAAAUAGCUCUGUAAAGGAUCAGCAAAUAUGCCAGUAAGUGUUUUGGGGGAGGAAACAAGUCUGAAAGGGUGCUAUAGGGUGUAUGCCUGUGUGUCCAGAGGAAUGUUUGUCAUUAGAGCGCAGACUAAACUGAAUGGCUGAAUUAUCAUAAUGGUUUGUCUUGAAAUCAGCCCUUGGAUUUCCUGCUGUGAGCUGCGUGGAGAUGUUUUGUGGCCGUUUGCUGCCUAGAACUAUGUUUCUUCAUAUCCUAAUCAAAGGCGUAAUGCCUAUGCUUUCUUAUGUAUGUCAAUUUACCUCUUUGACGGUACAGGCUAUGGAGUCUGGCUGUAGUCCCAGCAAAGGCGAUUUUGCUUCAGGGAAAACCUGUUAACCAUUUGGAGGGAGUACAUGUGAAUAAGAUGGAAUUAUUAAAUAAAGCUUUGCUUCAGGUUUAGUCUCCUAGCGCAGAACAUCUUUGGUGAUCUGAAAGACCAUCUCUCUUAGAAAUGGAUAACUUCACAAGUGGGCAGCCAGGCCCAGGUCAGAGGAACAGGCUGAUGGGAUUGCUAGAAACAGAUGACAGUACCCCCGAAGAUAAACGUGCACCUAGUAAAAAGGAAGAAAGAUCAGGACCUGGAAAGAGAGAGCAACGACCCUUGGAAACACCGUAUCAGGAGGAAAGCAGUAACUUUCCUCCUAAAAUCAAGGUUAAUCUGAACUAUCGGCCAGGACUUGGUAGCAACCAAAAGGACCCAAAUCGCUUUGACAGAGGCAGGCUCUUCAGCGCCGUCUCAGGGGGCAGCCCCGAGGCACUGGAUGGUUUACUUGAGUACUUAAGGAGGACCUCCAAAUUUCUCACCGAUUCUGAAUACACAGAUGCAAAUACUGGGAAGACCUGCUUAAUGAAAGCCCUGUUGAACUUAAAAAAUGGAAAGAAUGACACAAUCCCACGUUUGCUGGAAAUAGAUCAAAAUACACACAAUCCCAGGCCACUUGUCAAUGUGGCAUGCUCUGACUGUUACUACAGAGGUCAGACAGCACUCCAUAUUGCCAUAGAGAAAAGGAGCCUAGAUUUAGUGAAGCUUCUAGUAGAGAAUGGAGCUGAUGUCCAUGCCAGAGCCCACGGUGAAUUCUUCAAGAAAAAGAAAGAAGGAGUUUACUUUUAUUUUGGUGAACUUCCCCUGUCCUUGGCUGCUUGUACCAACCAGCCUGAGGUUGUGGCAUAUCUUCUAAACAAUCCCCACCAGAAAGCCAGGCUCCAGGAGCAGGACACGCAGGGCAACACAGUCCUCCAUGCCCUGGUGAUGAUUGCAGAUGACACUGAGGAGAACACCAAGUUUGUGAGCACAACGUACGUUGAGAUCUUGAAGGCAGGUGUGAAGAUUGACCCAAUGUCGAAGCUGGAGGAGAUUGUGAAUUAUGAUGGAUUAAAUCCUCUGCAGCUUGCUGCCAAGACAGGCAAAGUGGAGAUCUUCAAACACAUUAUCCAAAGAGAGAUCAAAGACCCAGUGUACAGGCACUUGUCACGCAAGUUCACUGAAUGGACCUACGGGCCUAUCCAUGUGUGUCUCUAUGACUUGUCCUCUAUAGACAGCUUCGAGGAGAACUCUGUGCUAGAGAUUCUGGCAUACAGCAGUGACACACCGAAUCGGUACAAGAUGGUGGUUUUGGAGCCACUGAACAAACUGCUUCAGCAAAAAUGGGAAACAUUUGCUUCCAAGAGAUUCUACUUCAGUUUUGUCUCAUACUUGUCAUUCAUGAUCAUCUUCACAGCCAUUGCGUACUACCAACCCCUACGGGUAAAGCCUUCCUUUCCAGUGGAAUUCACGGCUGGAGGCUUCCUGUGGGUCUCUGGACUCAUCAUUAUCUUGCUAGGAGGCAUUUAUCUAAUCUUUGCUCAGAGUCUGUACUUGCGGAGGAGACGCCAGUCCCUGAAGACUAUGUGUUCUGACAGCUGCAUUGAGAUCUUGAUCUUCAUCCAGGCCUUCUCAUUGCUGCUCUCAGCAGUCCUUUAUGGUGCAAGUUCAGAAAACUAUGUGGCAGUGAUGGUGUUCUCCCUGCUUCUGGGAUGGGUGAACAUGCUGUAUUACACUCGGGGCUUUCAGCGCACUGGCAUCUACAGUGUCAUGAUCCAGAAGACUAUUCUGAGAGAUCUGCUGCGUUUCCUCUUGGUUUAUAUGAUCUUCCUCUUUGGCUUUGCUGCAGCUCUGGUUACACUGAUGGGGGAUGCUCCUUCGGUCUCUCAGAACAAAUCUCUUGCUCAUUUGGAGAGCACUGGGAACCAUGCUAUGUAUGGUGGGCUGCUUAGUGUCUCCCUGGAGCUCUUCAAGAUCACCAUUGGGAUGGGAGACCUGGAUUUUCAGGAACAUGCCAGAUUCAGAUACUUUGUCAUGCUCCUGCUGCUUCUUUUUGUGAUCAUCACUUACGUUCUUCUGCUCAACAUGCUGAUUGCUCUCAUGAGUGAGACUGUCACAGAUAUUUCUAGUUACAGCAAAAGCGUCUGGAAGCUGCAGAGGGCUAUUGCUAUUCUAGAGAUAGAGAAGGCCUGGCUGUGGCGCCAAGGUGGGAAAAGGAGAUCUGGCUGCUUCAUGUCAGUGGGCCUCAAUAAGAAAGAUGAAAGGUGGUGCUUCAGAGUAGAGGAAAUUAAAUGGACUGAUUGGGCAAAGGAUGUGGGAGUUCUUAAGGAAGACCCUGGCAACACCAAUGAUUCAGAAAUAAACCCAGAAGAGACAAGAUCAUGGAAACGGACGCCACAGAAACAGCUGAGACCAGGUGGUUCAGAGGAGCAGUCACUAUUGCAGCCCCAGAUGUCAGCAACUGAGAUGAUGCCUCUAGAGGGACAAACCAGGAAUCCUUAGGAGGUUUUCUGGAUUGCAAACUUGCUUCCACCCUCAAAGGAGCAGUUCUUCCUCUGGCACCUGGAAAAAUUAAAGACAUUGUCAGUAUUAAAGUGCAUUUAAUUGAAGACUGUGGUUCAGCCUGUGGCUUUAAGUAUUUUCAUGCACUUUAAUCAUUAAUUUCCUCUGAAGAUAGUAUUUUUACUCAACGUUCUUUGCCUGGCACUUUCUUAUUACUAUGUCUAAUGGUGCAAGAGCAAGAUCACAGGGCAGUGGGAGUGGUCUGUGGGAGGCAGCCCUUUCUGAGCUGUAUAGACAUAAUGCUGCUUGCCACAGAGAAGCAGAGGAUGAAGUGACUGAACUAAGAACGGGUCAACUGUUAUUCUUUUGUCACAAGAGACUGCCCUGAAGUGCUUUGGAAUAAAGACUGUUGUAGAGUCAUAAAAAGUUGCUAAGGAUGGGA